CUCCCGGCCUCCCUCUCUCGGCCAAACUGCCAGCCGGACCCCAGGCCGCCUCCCCGCCGCCGCCGCCGCCGCCGCCGCCGCCUGGCCUCCGCGCGAGCGCUCCACCAUGGACAGUCCUGUUUUCACCUUAUAAAGAUGGCGGUGCGGGAUCGCUGCAACCUUUAGACUAAUGACUGUCCGAAACAUCGCCUCCAUCUGUAAUAUGGGCACCAAUGCCUCUGCUCUGGAAAAAGACAUUGGUCCAGAGCAGUUUCCGAUCAAUGAACACUACUUUGGAUUGGUCAACUUCGGAAACACUUGCUACUGUAACUCCGUGCUUCAGGCCUUGUACUUCUGCCGGCCGUUCCGGGAGAAUGUGUUGGCAUAUAAAGCCCAGCAAAAAAAGAAGGAAAACUUGUUGACGUGCCUGGCAGACCUUUUCCACAGCAUUGCCACGCAGAAGAAGAAGGUUGGCGUGAUCCCACCAAAGAAGUUCAUUUCGAGGCUGAGGAAAGAGAAUGAUCUCUUUGAUAACUACAUGCAGCAGGAUGCUCACGAAUUUUUAAAUUAUUUGCUAAACACUAUUGCGGACAUCCUGCAGGAAGAGAAGAAACAGGAAAAACAAAACGGAAAAUUAAAAAAUGGCAACAUGAACGAAACUGCGGAGAAUAAUAAGCCAGAACUCACCUGGGUCCAUGAGAUAUUUCAGGGAACGCUCACCAAUGAAACUCGGUGCUUGAACUGUGAAACUGUUAGUAGCAAAGAUGAAGAUUUUCUUGACCUUUCUGUGGAUGUGGAGCAGAAUACAUCUAUUACCCACUGUCUAAGAGACUUCAGCAACACGGAAACACUGUGUAGUGAACAGAAGUAUUAUUGUGAAACGUGCUGCAGCAAACAGGAGGCCCAGAAGAGGAUGAGAGUCAAAAAGCUGCCCAUGAUUUUGGCCCUGCACCUAAAGCGGUUCAAGUACAUGGAGCAGCUGCACAGGUACACCAAGCUGUCCUACCGAGUGGUCUUCCCCCUGGAACUCCGGCUCUUCAACACCUCCAGCGAUGCGGUGAACCUGGACCGCAUGUACGACCUGGUCGCGGUGGUGGUUCACUGCGGCAGUGGUCCAAAUCGUGGGCAUUAUAUUACUAUUGUGAAAAGUCAUGGCUUCUGGCUUCUGUUUGAUGAUGACAUUGUAGAGAAAAUAGAUGCCCAAGCUAUUGAAGAAUUCUAUGGCCUGACAUCAGAUAUAUCAAAAAAUUCAGAAUCUGGAUAUAUUUUAUUCUAUCAGUCAAGAGAAUAACUUAAAGAACCGUGGGACUAACUCAAGUGGGGGAAAAUAUUCAAAGCACUAUUCUCUGGUUUCUCUGCAGACUUUCUUCUUCCCCAGCAGCCCGCCAGUGGUAUUACCCUGAGUCUCAGUGGUCUGGCUGUGUUAGACACUCUCCCCUUGUUUUUUUACAUACAGCACUACUUGUGGUCUUAUUUUAGUCUGAGUAGAGUUAACUGCAAUCAGAUUGUAGUAAGAUUUAUAUUAAUAACAGUUGCUAAUUUUAGGAUUGGGUAAAUGCUGUGCCACUGGCUGAAUUAGAAUGACAUUUCCUCCGAAUGUCUACAGUCUAUUUGGGGUCUUUGCUAAACUUCCUAAAUGGCUCCCGGGGUCUCCUUUCAAUGCAUUCCUUUAAGUUGCCCCUGGAAACGUUGCGACCCACUUUUAGCUUCUCUGCCUCUCUUCUGACCGAAGGACAGAAAAAUUGGAUGGAUCUUCCCCUUUUAGGGCUGCAAUUAUAGCUUUAAGUUUGUGCAAGUGAAAAUGUUUAAACGUGAGUAACCUCGAUGCUAAAAUCAUCCUCCCAGUGGAACAGGGUGAAGAAAAGCUGUUCAUGGUGGCCAGCAUCUGCCCGGGGGCUGUGCUUGCGUUGCUGUUAGAAUUCCAGGGGCUCAGAAGGUGUGGAGCUCAGGGCAGGCAAAGCCAAGAGGAGGAGGCUUUUGUGGACAGUGAAAAGUUACCUUUCUUACCUUUCUACCAAAACCAAGUUUCAGGAAAAUAACUCUAUGCUGUUUGUUUUUAGUGAUACUUUUUUUCUGUCAGGUUGUGUGAGUUGUAUCUAUCCUUUAUCUGGCACUGCUAAGCUUUCCAGGGUAUCUUUGCAAUCCUGCUGGUGUUUCGCAGUCUGUGGUCCCAGGACUGCAACACCACGGUGACGCCUGCAGCACAGCUCUCCUUAGCCAGUCAGUACCAGCAGCAUUGUUUUUCAGGAAGAACAAAGGCACUGUACCUUUACUACCAUCAGCCACGUUGUACAACUGUUCACUUUUUAACAUUUCAGCCUGUUUACUGAGGCACUGGCAAGUCCCAGGACGAAUAUGGAACCUUUCCUAGAAGGAAUACUGGAGUUAGCUGGGUGUGAAGGUGGGUCAAAGGAAGUGUCAGUGGGCAGGUGGAGGAAUGAACAAAAUGGCAGCGUUUCUUUGGCUCAGACUCCUAGGAUGCUUGACAAGACGGAGUUUUUUGGAAGAACCUCAUCUCACCAUAGUUACUUUUACUUUUUUCACUUUUGUUAUAUAUGUAUUUAUUAGAUCAUUGAAUAUUGGUACCUUUUAUUAAAAGGGUCAAUUUGAUGUUUUGCCAUUGAGCUGGUUUUUGGUUUCCUACAAAUACUAUGAGUCUAGCUCUUGGCUUCCUUUGGGAGGUCAGUUGAUUUCCAUACACUAUAAUAUACUGUGAACAUGUUAUUUUGUUACCUAGUAAAUCAGCGAAUGAACAUGCAAACAUUUGGCAUAAUGUGAACUAAAACUGAAAUUGAAAACGUUAAUGGCCAUUUUGCAACAAUUAAGAGCAUAGCACUUUAUCUAGAUGAAAACUGGAUUUCUUAUCUUUGAAAUAUCUUGAACUGUUUAUUGCUCAGAACUUAAAUAAGCAUGCCAACGCUCAUUCGUUCAUGCUUGAAGUGAAAUGUUUUACUUUUCACUGGAGAAGACAAAAACAGGGUGAUCUUCACGUUAUUGUUUUAUACAAGUGACGAAAAUAUACCUUGCCUUGUUUAGAGGCGAAUUCAUAUUUAUAAAUACUUUGUCUUUUUUUCCUCCAUGAAACAUAUGCAGUAAUCACUUACCUGGAAAGUGAGUUUUUAUUCUGUUUAAGGAGAGACACUUUCCAACUGAGGGUGAUUGAUAUAGGGAACUGUUUGUACUAUAUAUAACCCAUAUAUUUAACUGCAGGUUGCAAAGUUUAAAAAAAUGAUGGUUGAUCUCUAAUAUAUUUGGAAAUUAAAAAAACUAUUAAAAUUAUCUUUGAAGUGACUCUUGAAGCUAAUUUAUUAGGAAAAAAAGUUUCAAUUGGAAGCCUGUAGAAUUAAUAUCUAAAUGCUAAAUCAUAAAUUCAGGACAUUUUCUUUUUCCUUUGGAUGCACAAAGAAAGAGUUUUUCCCACUAACUUAACUGAAAUAAUUCUUUUUAAUAGAAAGGGUCAGUUAAAAUUCAGUAUUCAUGGAUAGAUUUUUGGAAUAAAAAAAUAAGUAUGAAAGAUAAUGCAAAGACAUUAAAGUGUCAUGCAGGAAAAGAAGAUGGGGAAAAGACCAAAACAUACUCACCCACCAACCCUCCGUCAGUUUUUUAAACUUCAGAGUUAUCUGGUCGUUUCUUCCCUCUUCCUCUUCAAUAAAUGAAACAAACACUAGGCAGCUACAUUUCCCCCCCCAAUCAUUUCACUUUAUGUAAAGACAGUAGCAAACACUUUUUAAUUUUUCAUCCCUCCUUCAUCGUGUAAAGCAGAGAAUGGCUGGGAUGUGUGAGACCCUUCUGAGGUCAGUGAUAGCACAAGAGCGCAGCAAUAUUCCCUCAAACGGCCAGGGUUUUUGCGUGUCGUUUUCUGGCAGGAGUGAGUAGGCCUGCUGUAUUUCUUUUAACUGCUGGGUGUUUUAAAAUAAGUUAAGUGUUUUACACUUAAAAAAGAGAAGAAAUGUUUGCUUUAUUGGUUACUUACUAGUUUAGCAUCUUGAUUAUGGUACAGUAUGCUAAAAAGUCAUUUGUUUAAAAGUAAAUUUCGGUAAAAUGCUGAUAUCAGUCCUGUUGUGUUGAUGCCUUUUCCUUUCUGAGGCACCACAAAGUGGACUGGUUUGAAGAGAGCCAAGGAACAAACGAGAAGGUGUUGGCUUGAAUAGGAAGCCAGUCAUGUUUGGUUUUAUGGCUUCAUAUAUUUUGGAUUUCAGAUGAAAUGGGGGAAAAAAAAUGACAGAAAUGGUCCCUAUGCGUUUAUUUUCAUGGGUACCCUUAAUUUCAUGGGCAUGCCUAACAAUGAACUGUGUUCUAACUGGAGCUUAGGGCUUAUUUUAGAUAUUGGAGUGUAGCUUUAUUACAGAUGGGUUUUAUCUUUAAACAUUGCAUUCUGAUCAACUUUGUAUAUUCAUAUGUAUUGAAAUGUUGUGCACUAAAUGUUUUGCCCUCGUUUGCUAUUAUAUGGUCAAGGCAUUUAUCAGCACUAUUGUGAUUAACUCAUGUAAAUGGCAUGGGUCGGGGAAAAUUAUUUCCUACUUUUCUGCCUAUUAAAUUUCUGUUUUCCAGUAUUACAUUAAUUUAUUUUUGGCUUCCAUUUUUGUAUAAGCAAAAUAGUUACUGUAUUUGUGUGGCAUUCAUUUGACUGUGUUGCUAAAAAGAAAAUUUAGUUUUUAUUUGAAAUAAUUUGUACCUUAAUUUUUUUUAAUGUAACCAAUUCAAGCACUUUAAGCAAUAAUGUCAAUCUUGUGAAAUUUCAAUCAGUUUAACACCCUGCCUCUAAAAUUGUUUGCAAAAAAGUAAAUAAAUAAAAUAGGAAUUCUCUUCCUAGGGAAUUAUAUCCGAGUAAUGUUACACACAUGGACUUAAAAUCCUUUUUAUAAAAUGGGAGUCAUUGGCAAGUCUCAUGUCCAGGUAAUCGUUCCAUACUUAGUUUUGAAGCGGUGGAAUGUAAGGGACAUUCUGGUCAUUGUUAACAUGCAAAGACAGUACUACUGUCAAGGUUGACAAAGUCAGUGUUCUGGAGGUAACUUGCCACUUUUUGAGUGAAAAAGAUCAACAGGAUUAAUCCAGAAACCUAUAUCUGGGGAAUAGCAAAUUGAGAGUAUCAGUGAAAAAAAAAUUAGGGGUAUUGGUAACUUAGGCAUCACAAUGAGUUGCUUAGCUGGGACUUGGCAUAUAAAAUCUCUUUUACCAGUUAUGAAAUAAAAGAUCCAUUUCCAAAAUGAGGAAGUGGCUUCCAGUGCUGCGAUCCCGUCGGCAUCUGGUUUCUAAGUAGGAGUAGGAGUACGGUCCUGGCCCUGGGGUACGGACAGCCAUCCCCAGGCUGCUGGGUGGUUUCUGAGCUGUGAGGACUCCCAACAGGGGGCCAGGUGCAGGUGCAUGUCCUGUGGUCUCAGAGUGUGGCCUCCCAGGGCUGACACUCAACUUGCUGUUAACAUGCCUAAGGGUUUUUUUUUCCCCACCCAGUCACUUCGGGGGGUCCGUGUGUGGGCACAAGAUUGUCAUCUGAAUACUUUUGUCUGGGCCCAAUUAUGGGAAUAAAAUCCCACAGCCCAAGAGUCAGGCAGUGUGCCUUUAGGUCUCCCAGUUUCCCUCCAUCUUCUCUGGGGGCACUUCUGUUGACCCUGACUUAGCUGGAACAGAGGCUCCUUGGGAAAGUCGCUUAUAUCCCCCCUGAAGGCUGUAGGAGGGGAAGACCUCAGGAAACGGUUUCUUUUCUAGGCCUCAUUUUGUCCAUCUGUCAAGUGGAGUUUAUAGGAGAGGUCUGUCACCACCAGCAGCACACAAUUUCUGGAAUGAGAAAUGUUCUCCAUUUCUCCAAAUGUCCGUCCCUCUCUGUUCAUUGAUACUUAACACCUUCAACAGAGAAGGAAGCCUUCCAUUUCCAUUACCUCGUAUUUAUAGGAAGAUAAAAAUAUUUGCUAAGUAAUUUUUUUUUUCCUGAGGGAGGAUUUUGAUUGUGGGGAUGGUGCUAAAGACAGACCACUGAGACUUGUCCUAGAGAUGCCGCAGGUGGAGAGAUUUGGCACCUGUUAUAUGCUAGGGAUUGUGGUAGUGGUUAGGGAUAAACAGGUGAAGCAGAGAGGGUCCCUCUUCUAGUUUCUUGCCUCAGAAGAAUAGUCUGUGGAAAAGAAAUUUGUUGGAUUGUGGGAAGAACGUGUGUGGAGGGAAUUCAUCACCAUCAUAGAGUUUGAUGUUCGGCCUGGGUCUUACCGAGCAGAUGGCUCUGCUUCCGGUGGGCACUGUGAGAUAAAGCAGGCCGCUUCCUUUUUGUCUUGGAUCCACUUCUUGAAGCCCUCUUUCCUGCCCUCCCGCUCUUCCGUGUUGCCGUAGCCUGCCUUUUAGCUCCUUGUAGGGAGGACAGAAAUUUUUUAAAUGAAGUGUAAAUCCAUUACGUUGCAGCAAUGGACUCGAGCAUUUGCCUCUUAAUUCUCAUGUCAAAAGAGCCAGAAUAUUGAAAGUCUUAACUGUGGAUUUUAUGAAUCAAAUAUCUAAACAAUCUCUUUACAUUAUUAUCCAAUAAUCAGAGACUAUCCAAACUUACCAAAAUCAAUCAGGGCAUGAGAGCUCUUAAGCUAUGUGACUGAUAAUUUUAUUGGCUUAGCAACCUGUGUUCCCUUUUUUGUGUUCCCUUAUGUUUUAAUAGUGCUUUGAACAAAGCACGUUAGUAGCUUACAAACAAAUGAAUAAUUACUUCGUUUUGGUUAUGAGACACCAGAGUCAGAAACAACAUUAGAUUUUGUAAAAACGAUUCCUAAUUUUGUGCUCGUUUCCCACAUGAUGAUUCAUAAUAAAGUAUUUAUUAACAAUC